UGCAAAACCUCGCAUUGUCAAGCAUAAUAUUUCUCAAGAAUGGCCAAAGUUCUUCUCUCCGCCCUCCUCUUUGGCCUGCUGCUCUUCGUAGCGGAUGCAUCUCGCAACACUCAGCUGACUGGCAGGGAGAGCGAUGUGACUUAUGUCGUCGAGGGGCCUCGUGAUGGUAACGAGGCUGCUGAUCUCAAUGUUGUCAUCCAGAGCACCCCGAAUCACGGCCUCCAAGAUACAUUCUGCUGCCUGAGCAACGCCUUUGGAUGUCUUCAGAACUGCGACUCCAACAUCAAAUACUACUGCUGCUUGAAGAAUGGAUUCGGGAGCUGCCUACAGCUCUGCGACUCGUCCAAGGAACACUACUGCUGCAAAAAGAACGGCUUUGAGGUCUGCGUUGGAAUGUGCCCCAAAACCGUGGACCUGAUGAAGUGAUCCGCGUUUGAUGAAAAGUAUAUGCAACAUCUGGAAUCAAAAGCUUAUGAUUGCUGAUACUCUUUACAA